AUGAUUGAACAGAGUUUUGAUUUAACUUCGUCAUUUAAAAAUGGAAGAUCAAAUUAUGUGAAAAUCUUAUGGAUAAUCAUGCUGUGCUUUUCAGUUUUUGGACUUUUUUAUUACGUAAAAGAAUGCUAUGAAAAGUUGAAAGUCAGUCCAGAAAUUUUGAUUAACGAGAAGCUAGUGAACAGCCGAGCAAUUCCAUUUCCAGCUGUAACGAUUUGCCCUCCAUUUGGUGUCAAAAAGGAGCUAUUAAAGGAUGUGGUUCGAGAAUAUCCAACACCUUUUUGUUAUGAUUUUAAUGCUCUAGGUUCAGUAAAAGAUCUUUAUUUAAAAAGCUUAAAUACAAGUUUAAAGGAACUAUUUGAUGCAGCAUCUCCACAAAUAAGUGACGUCCUCGACAGUUGCGGUCUCUCUGGAUAUCCUUAUUAUUUUAAAUGUGAUCAUGUUUACACGAGAAUACUCACAAAUUUUGGAUAUUGCUUUACAUUCAAUAUGCUCAAUUUUUCUUCGAUAUUUCCUGAAGACAUAACUGAGGACAUGAGUUCAUAUAAGAAGCCCUAUUUUAAAGGUUGGGUCGAAGAAGUUGUUGAUGAGAAUGACAAAGAAUCGCAACUUUUUUACAGUAAAGCAAAUGAAAAUGCAUGGACACUUGAUGCAUGGUCACUAGAAAAAGGAUAUGCAAGCAAAAAUGAACUAGUUAAGCCUCUCAGAGCGACUUUAACACAAAAAUUACGGACCAGAACAAAACAGCAGUUUCAUGAUGAUUUUGACAUCUGUGAGAAUGUCUUCAAAGUUAUUUUUCAUCUUCCAACUGAAGUUCCAUCAAGUUUAAAUCUUGCAAAAGAGUUUGGAUCAUCAAAAAGUCUUAGUUUUAGUGCACACAUUUCGAAACAUGAUGAAACUUUAAAGCAAUUCCCACCAGAAGAACGAGGCUGCUACUUUGAAGGCGAAAAGAAAUUGAAAUUUUUCAAAUCUUACACGAACAAUAAUUGUGAGCAUGAAUGCAUGAUUAAUUACACGUUAAUAAAGUGUGACAGUGUCGAGUACUCAAUGCCCAGGACAAAGGACAUACAAAUGUGCGAUGAUGAUUUAUCCAUUUGCUUUUAUAAUAUUUUUGCAGGAUGGCCAAUCAGCUUUUAUACAAAUGAAACUAAUCAAGAGUUAUAUCCUGACAAUCCGUGUGAUUGCAUGCCAUCUUGUACACAGAUAAAGUAUGAGUUUUUAGAAAAGGAAGUGGAUCGGGAGACUGAAUCAAUUGGAACCAAAUCUAUAACUUUGAAUAUGAACUUUGAAAGUAGCCAAAUUCUCAUAACUACUCACUAUGUAACCUAUAAGCUGCAUAAUUUUAUUUGUGAUAUUGGAGGACUUGCUGGAUUAUUUUUGGGAUUUUCAUUGCUCUCAAUGUUUGAAAUGGUGCUGAAUUUUUUCGCUAUAAUGUUUAAAAUCAUCGCAAAAUUAUUUCGCAUGCCUUUAAAUGAAAAUGAAUUUGAUGUUGUAAAUGAAAUUAGCGUAAUUUCGAGUAGAACUGAAUCAAAUUUAACAAUUGUUGAUCUAGAAGAUCUAGAUUAA